UCUCUUUCUCCCCCAAUCUCCACCGCUUUCGUUCUUCAACCUCCCCCUUCGCCGGCCGGAGUGAGAGCGAGUCAAACAUCGCAACCCAGCUCGGCCCCGUCGAAACCGCGUUUGCUUCCUUAGAACUCGAGGCUUUCUCCACGACCUCAAACCGCGUCCUCUGAUCGAGGAUCCGUUUCCUUUUCCCCAGUUUAUUCUUGCUGUUAGGUCUUGUUGGUUCUGUGUGUUCUUCCAACAUUUCGGUCGGGGUCUUGGUGGCGGAGCGGAGACUUUUUUUCGCCACGUAAUUCGGGCAAAUCCUUGCGAGGUUUCUCCGCCGGAGCCGCGGCUUUAGAUGGUGGGUGCGAGGAUGAUGCGGUGGCCGCGUCCCCCGGCGGCGCGCAAAUUCCGCGUCCGGCUGGUGGUGCGGCGCGCUGAGGGGCUGCCGCCGCCCGCGGAGUCCGCGGAGCAAGAGCCGGAAGGGAGCGCCUCGAAGACGAGGGUCGCGGCGGAGGUGAGGUGGAAGGGGCCCAAGACUUCCGGCCUGAGCUCGCUGCGGCGCGCGGUGCGGCGGAACCGCACCCGGGAGGAGGAGCUGGCCCCGGUCGCCGCCGCCUGCGAGGGCCGCGCCGCGGUGACCCUGGUGGCGUGGGAGGAGGAGUUCGAGAGCGUAAUAACGCUCGCGGCGGCCUCUCACCGGGAGGCAGCCACGUUCCAGCCUUGGGAGCUCGCCUUCACCGUGUUCACUGAUGUCAACAAAGGCCCAAAGACUAAGCCGAUAAUUCUGGGAAUUGCUUCCCUUAGCCUAGCAGAUUAUGCAACAGCAGCCGAGGAGAACAUUGAGAUAAUUCUCCCGUUGUCCGUGCCCUGUGGUGCAACUGAGUCUACCCCAUCGCUUCAUCUCACUCUGAGUAUGGUGGAACAGAGAGCUUUCCAAGAAACCUCUGAUGCUUCGCAACGUUCUGCUGUGGCCACUCCAUUAUCUCCAUCAUCUUGUGAUUCUCUUCCUGGAGGAAAAGAUGAGGUUUCAGUUAUUAAAUCAGGGCUGAGAAAGGUGAAAAUCCUCACGGAUAUGGUAUCGGCUCGAAGGUCUAAGAAGAUGUGCCAAGGUAAUGAAGGCAGUGAAGAUAAUUGUUAUGUUCACAGUGAUGGUGCUGAAUAUCCGUAUGGUACUGAGUCUAUCGAUGAAGAUCUGGAUGAUAGAACACAUGAAGAUGAAGUUGCUGAUCCGAGUGUCAGGAAGUCGUUCAGUUAUGGUUCGCUGCAGUCUGUCAACUAUGUUGGUGGCCUAGUUUAUGCACACGCAAAGAUUGAUGGCGAGCAUGAGGACUGGAUUUAUUAUAGUCAGCGGAAAUCUGAUGUUGGUUACCAUGUAGAAGAACCACAGUCAUCAGCUGCUGAGGAAACUGUAUUGCCGACUGCAAAACGGAGUAUCCUUCCUUGGAGAAAGAGGAAAUUGAGUUUACGGUCACUAAAGGCUAAAGGUGAACCUCUGCUGAAGAAGGCAUAUGGAGAAGAGGGAGGCGAUGAUAUUGACUAUGAUCGUCGGCUGCUAACCCCUUCUGAUGUUUCAGAGGGAUCAAGAAGUGAAGAUGGGUCAGUUAAUGGUAUGAUGUCAGAAUUCGGCGACGACAAUUUUGUUGUAGGGUAUUGGGAAUCAAAGGAGGUAACUAGCCGUGAUGGUCAUAUGAAGCUUUCUUCCCAGGUUUUCUUUGCAUCAAUAGACCAGAGGAGUGAACGAGCCGCUGGGGAGAGUGCAUGCACCUCACUUGUGGCUGUUAUUGCAGACUGGCUCCAAGCAAAUCAGGAUGUGAUGCCUAUCCAGUCGCAAUUUGAUAACUUAAUCCGUGAAGGGUCACUAGAGUGGAGAAACCUUUGUGAGAACCAGACAUAUCGAGAGCGUUUUCCUGACAGGCACUUUGAUCUUGAAACUGUCCUUCAUGCCAAGAUCCGCCCAUUUACAGUCUGCCCCAGCAAGUCUUUUAUUGGAUUCUUCCUACCUGAAGGUGCUGAUGACAUGAGAGGAUUUGACUUCCUCGAUGGUGCAAUGUCCUUUGAUAACAUCUGGGAUGAGAUCAGCCAGGCAGCUGAGUUCUCAUCUAGUGAAAAUCCUACCCUAUAUAUAGUGAGCUGGAAUGACCAUUUUUUUCUCCUCAAGGUUGAGCGUGAUGCAUAUUACAUUAUCGACACCCUUGGGGAAAGGUUAUAUGAAGGAUGCAGCCAGGCCUACAUUUUGAAAUUUGACAGUAACACAACUAUUCACAAGUUAUCCGGUGAAAAGAAGCCAUCUAGCCCUAACUCAAGUGGACCGUUGAAGGAUUCUUCAGGGAGCUUCUCGACAGGGCAGGACAGUGAAGAUGAUAUCGAAGAGAACAUACUUGUGUCGAAGGGUAAGGAAUCAUGCAAAGAAUACAUAAAGAGUUUCUUGGCGGCCAUACCAAUCAGGGAAUUGCAGGGGGACAUCAAGAAAGGUCUGAUGGCAUCAACACCACUGCACCACCGCCUCCAGAUCGAGUUCCACUACACCAAAUCAACCCCAAAAGAGGCUGAUUUGCCCCAGCAAGUUCUCGCCAUUGAAGCCCCAUUUGAGUUCUCAUGGCCUGAGCCACCGCCGAUGAUGCAAGUUGCCCUAACACCUGCGGUCGCUGUUGCAUAGCUUGACACUAGGUUGGCUGAGGCCUGACGACAACCUGCUCAACAUUAACAUGAAGAGCCUUUUUUUUCCCUUGGGCCACUGCAUGGAGGGGAACCUACUUGAAGAUUUUGUUUCCUUUUUGUCUGUGUCCAUUUCAUGUCUAAUAUGAAACAACUAAUAUAGGUUUCCCUCCCAGGAACCGGAGCCUUUGCCUGCAUUUUGUAUAAAGAGGCGAUUGCUCCUACCUAUGCUAUAUUAACCGCCCAAUUUUGUAGUCGUGUAUAACCUUGUACUAAUCGAUGAGUAAUGCCCUUAUGUUAAUUAAGUACCGGGCUUGUUUCUGUAUGCAACUUGAUACAUUUCCAGGAGAGCAGAGGUUGCUGUAACUCCGAA